AUGGGUCUGACUGCCGCCGCCGCCCGGAGGAGAGCCGAGGGGGACACCUUGAAAUACUUCGUGGAGGAUCCCGGCACCGGGACGCUGUACAAGCGGGGGCAGCUUUUGGGACAGGGAGCAUUCGGACAAUGCUACAAAUUUACCGACACGUCCACCAACAGAGUCUACGCGGUGAAGGUGCUCUCUCAACAGCGAGUGGCAAGGCUGGGCAACCAAGGAAAGGUUCAGCGGGAGAUCGAGCUGCACAGCCAGCUUCAGCACAGGAACGUGGUGGGCUUCCACCGACAUUUCGCUGACCAGGAGAACAUCUACCUGGUGCUGGAAUACUGCAGUAGGAAGUCCCUGGCCCACAUUCUGAAGGUCCGGAGAGUCCUGACGGAGCCAGAGGUGAGAUUCUACCUGAAGCAAAUCAUGAGUGGCCUGCAGUACCUGCAUCAGCAAGGGAUCAUCCACCGUGACCUCAAACUGAGCAACGUGUUCAUCACCCAGCGCAUGCAGGUGAAGAUUGGCGACCUGGGCCUGGCAAGGCGGGAGGAGCGGGCGUGCCGGAGGAGAGGAGUGGUCUGUGGGACCCCCAAUUACCUGGCCCCCGAAGUCAUCGCUAAGAAGGGGCACUCCUUCAAGUCAGACAUGUGGGCCCUGGGCUGCAUCAUGUACACGGCCCUUGCCGGCUUCCCCCCCUUCGAGAUCUCGCACAAGCAGGAGCUGUUCCAGAGGAUCCGAGAGGGCCGCUACGCCCUUCCCGACCGCCUCUCCCCAGCCGCCCGCAGCCUGAUUGGGAGGCUGCUGGCCCCGGACCCAGCCGCCCGACCCAGCCCGGAAGAGGCGAUCCGCCACCCCUUCUUCACCCAGCACUUCACCCCUGCCAGGCUCCCCUCGCGCGCUUCUCACUCUGCCCCCAUUUUCCCUUUCGCGAACCCCCUUGGAAAAUUCCUCCAGAAAGCAGCCAUGUUCCUUUUCCGGGGGGGCUCCCCUUGCCAGGACCCCCAGGCUGUGAGCCCUGCACCCCAAGAACAGGAGGAAGCCCCACGGCUGCAAGGAUUGGGACCCGCUGCCCCUCCCCACUGGGAAGCCGAAGAGGGGAGCCCGGACCUUCUGGAGGAGCCCAACUGCCUUCCCCCCCUCUUGCUGCAGAGGGGCUCCCUGCGCAGCCGGCUGCCCGAAGAUGCCAACUGGGGCCCCGGUGGAGUGCUGGAGAGGGUGGACCGAAGGCUGUGCCGCUGCUUGCAGACCAUCCCACUCGUGGAAGAACUGCCCGAAGGCCUGCCACCCGGUGCCAGUCCUGCCCACAUGGCCACCAAGUGGGUGGACUACUCCAAUAGGUUCGGGUUCGGCUACCUCCUGUCCGACGGGUCGACCGCGGUGCUGCUCCCCGAUGGGACCCACGUGGCCUUUUGCCCUCAGCGCCAGCGCAUCUGCUACCACAGCGAGGCGGAGGAGGCCGUGUCCUUUGGGUGGCGAGAGGUGCCCCCCUGGCUGGCCACCAAGUGGAGCGUCCUUCGCUUCUUCGCCCAGUACAUGCAGCGGUGGCUGCAGGAGGGGGCCCCACGGCAGACCAGCCCCAGCAGACCAGCCUGGGACCUUUCCCUCCUGCACUUUGCAAAAUCCGACACGGCCCUCCUGAUGCUCUUCAGUGAUGGCACCCUGCAGGUGAACUUCUACCACGACCACACCAAGAUUGUGCUCAGCUGCUCGGCCAAGGGGGAGGAGCUCUUGACCUUCGUGGACCGCCAGCAUUGCAGCACCACCUUCCCCCUGGGCACCCUGGCACGGCAGGGCUGGACGCUGCCCCUGCACGAGCGGGUGCACUACGCCCUGCGCUUGCUGCACUGCCUCUAG